GCCUAACAUGGCGGAGGGCAAUGUUCACAAUGCGUAAACCUUCAAGCAGGGGUGGCUUCUUACUUAAUACAUGGAGAACCGGACAAGAUCAAUAUGGAGACCUAAGGAUAAACUUAUAAAGAUUCCUUAGUUGUGACAAUGGGUGGGAAACAGAGCACGAGCGCGCCUCGCGUGCGGACUUUCUCGGGAAGUGCACCAGGCACGAGUGGCACAGGUGCAGAAAUGACGUUAGGUGCAACCUCUUCUGCAAGUGCACGUUUGAGGGCCCGGAGCCUGGGGAGCUUUGGCCCGGGCCCAGGGACAAUGACAAUACCUAGUACUAACGGUAAUACACGGGGAGCUGGCUCUCCCGACUCCGAUUCUAGCUCACCAGAGGAAGGUCCUACGUUUGCGGGACGAAACGUCCCCCAUUCAUUACCCCUUCAUUUAUUUGCACUUCACGGAAUUAAAUGCCCAGUAUGUUCCAAGUUUAUACCACCAGAUGACAUAGAGUGCCACCUUGUCCUCUGCCUCACCAAACCACGCAUUAGUUACAAUGAGGAUGUGUUGACAGAGGACAAGGGCGAAUGUGUGAUAUGUCUAGAUGACCUGGAAAAGGGAGACACCAUCGCUCGACUACCAUGUCUGUGUAUAUACCAUAAAGGAUGCAUCGAUAAAUGGUUUGAGAAGAACAGAUCUUGUCCCGAACACCCAGCAGAGUAACACAGGGGGUUACAUAGUUCAUUCAUCAUAUGUCCAUGAUUAUGUGGUUAUUUUAUUGGGCUUUCAAUGGAUACAUAUAUAACUUUGGUUUUUUGUAUUUUUUGUUGUUUUUUUCUUGUGUCCUAAUUGAUGCACAAAGUUGCUGUGCAGUUAUUGUGAAUUAAAAAAACAAUGUACUUGUUUUAGACUGAGAAAGUUUCUUGACCAUGUCCAGUCAGUAUAUACUAGGGUGUCAGCUCCAGUAAAUGUAUUAUAUAAUUGUCAUGUAUUAAAACUACAUUUUUGAAGCUUCAUUGUUGUGAUGAACUCAUCCAAUUGGAUUUUCUUCUCAGGAUCAAUCACAAGCAUUUUUAGUUGUGCUCUUUUUAUUUUUUAAAACGAAUUCACAAUAGAAACUUAAAUAUGGAGGUGUGAAAGUGCCGAGGAAGGGAGGUAACUCUGACACAUUAGACUGUAAAGUUGUUGAACGGGAAAGGUGAUACUUUGUCAUCUGAAAGAAGAUCCCUGGAUAUAAGCUUUCAAUAUAUAAAAGGAACCUUUUCAACCACCCUGUAUUUUCUAUUUACAUUCAUCCUUGCAGAAAAUGUUAAGAAUUCCUUAUGGACAUUGAAAUGUGGGUAUUAUGAUAGAGUUCUGGUAACAACAAUGUGCUUAAAUAUAGUUGUGUAUAUAAUAGGAAAAAUGUUUUCCUAAAGUAAAAAUGGCUGUGACCUUCAUUGUGUUUUCAUUUAUCUUCAAAGUUUGGCUCUUCACUUGGAAAAGGACUUUAGAUGACUUGUGCAUUUUUUGUUUUCUUUUUUAAAAGAAAUUUCAGCGUGUGUUUUUUAAUUGCAACAGAAAUGAUAUUGAAUGUCUGUUCAGGAUACACACAAACUUUGAAAAUUCUGGCUAUGGUUGAUUGCUUUGGAUGUAAAUACUUGCACUUAGGCCACCACAGGAUAUUUAUGUCCCCCAAACGAAGUGGGGGGACAUAUAGUGUUUGCUCCGUUUCUUCUGAUUAUUAUUAUUAUUAUUAUUUUUAUUUCUUUCACUUUCUCCCGCUGGUGAGGUUUCCGACGCGUUUCUCAAAAACUUUUGCUUGAAAUUUAACAAAACUUUACACACAUAUUCAUACAUGCGAGGUGGAGUGCAGGUCACUUGAAUUUUUCCAAUCGGUCAUCUGAGUGGUCAGCUGUGGUCAAAAUUUGGCCAAAUUUUAGAUAUUGCCUGAUUUUCGUGAAAAUUGUUAUAUAUGUAUUAGGUGGCACCAGGAGCAAAAUGGUGUAGUCCAUGUUUGGCAUGACUGCAGGUCUGAUUAUUGUGAUCAUUUAAUGCUGAAGGGGUCGUUUGGGGGACAUUUGUAAUGGUCCCCAUUACAAUUAGUACUUGUUUAUGUUGGGCUGUCAAUUAGUCAAUUAAAGUGACCCAUUCAGUGUUUGAUGGCCAUCAUAUGAAAUUAUAUUCAAAGGAAGAUAACUCUAGAUUUGUGAUCGUAACCUGAUAAACCUGAUACAGGAAAUAUUUUCCUUAUGUUGAUCUUAAAUUUUAAUUACUUGGAUCCAUAAUUGAUAUACUGGUGAAGUAUACAUAUCAUGCCUCUAAUCAUUAUAUUUUAUAUAUAAAAAAGAAUGUUUGGCAAGAAUGUUUUUUUAAUUUGACAUUUCAAUUUUGUUUUCAAUUGUAAUAAAAAUCACUUCUAGAUUUUGUUGAUUUUCAGCAAUUAUAACCUACAGACAUAUCCUUGUUCAUGGCAUACAAAACUGAUAAGGUAUUUCUAAACAUUGGAUUAUCCAGUAAAACUUAAAUAAACUCACCAGACUCCACAUUUUACUGGUAAUUCUUAUAAGUUGUCACUUUUUAAUUUUCCAGGCAUAGACUUUUCUGACUCUUAAGCAAUUUUGCCUAUCUCUCCUGUAUCCAGCUCAUCAGCUUACAAAGAUUUUUAAAAAAAAAACGCACUUUUAUUUAGUUUCCAAAUGUAAUGCACAGAUCAGUUACAUUCAAAAUCUGGCUAAUUCUCUAGAAACUGCAGCGUUGAGAUCUUGGAGAAUGUAGUUUGAAAAUAAGAUUAAACACUGGUCAGUCUUAUGUCCUGCAGUAUGAGGUUUAGUUCAUACAAUUCAAUCAAAGAGAUAAGAAUUACAGAACACAUAUGCCUUUAGGAUCAUUGUACUACGGAUCAUUGUAUGAUUUGAAUCGCCAUGUAGUAUCUUAACAGCCGAGUGUGUCAUAAGUGACCAUACCAGUACACCUUUGCAUAUCAUUUAAGCUUGUGGUAAAGAAACAAUGUGCAGAUAUUUACUGGCACUUUGAGAGUGCCAUAGGAAUCAUGAUUAUGUUGGGUUUGUUUGAAAAUUGUUGUAGCAGAUCAGGAGUGCAAUUUUUAAUGAGACUUGUAAAUGCAGAGUGCAAUUAUUACUAUUACUGUUGACUGCACAUAUAUAUGACUUAUUUAUUCUUUGUGUAAUGAUAUAUCCUUGAUAAGUCUCCUUGCUAGAAUUCUCAAUGUCUAAAAAGGAUUUUUGAAGAGGGGAGGAAGGGUGUUGUACAAAUAAAUACACAUUAUGUCAAAUCAACAUGAUAGUAUUGUCAUCAAUUACGUAUUUUUAAAAUCUAAAACAAGAAAUAUUAUUAAAUAAUGAACAUACCUUUCAAUGGAAAAUAUGUACAUGGUUUGAAUAUUUCACGCACAUAAGUAAUAGUGCUCAGUGGUUUUACAUGUUUAAGAGAGACAGUUUUGUUGACAAUACUUGUGAAAAUCACAAACAGAAAAAACUAAGUUACCCUAUAUGGUACAGAAGUACCUGGUCCCUGAUGAUGCCUAGAAGUUGAAGUAGAAGAGCCUUGCUAAAGUCUAGUUAAUUUUAAACUGCAUAUGCAACUCCUUUCUGAAAAGAGGUAAAGUUUCAGAGAAUUUAGGUAAUAUAUGUUUAAAUGUAGAGUUUACUCAAAGUCUGGUUGACUUAACAUAACAAAAGUAUAACAUCCAAUGUUGAUUUCAAAUAAAGCCAUCCUUCCAAUGUGAAGAUUCCUGGUGCCCGAGUUACUUCAACAGAGAGUCUGCUUUAUUUUUUUUUUCUUUAAUAAAUCUUGAAAAAAAUCUUUUAAAAAUUGUUAACUUACUGAUAUUACUUAGUUGAACAAGAAUCACAUGUCAGGUGUUGUCUAUGAAGCAGAAGAUGUUCACUCUUCCAAUACACCUGCUGUUAUUCUUCUUGUACCGUUCCAAGAAUCUGCAUGUAAUCUUUCUUUUGUUCAUGUUUUGUCCAUAGAAGUUUUAUUGAAUUUGAGUUUGGAUUAUAAUUAUGGUGACAUGUUGGUAUUUUCUUAUAGUUUUUUUUUAAUAGUAUAUAGAACAUAUCUCAUUAUGAAUGAUUUUUAAAGUUUUUUGUUUUGGAAAAAGGGAAUAGGUGUGAGAUCAUAGUAAAUAAAGACAUGUUCACAUUUUGUGGGUGAAGAACUAAAGUUUUCUGAUGUUUUUAGCCAUGAUAGAAACAGAUGAAAAGUUGACCAGGCUUUGUACAGGCUUUGUACAGCAAGUCUAAUGCAAUACAAUACUAGAUCUCACUCAAUUACUAAGAUUACUAAGAACAGCACACGAAGAAAAAUGUCUUGUCAUGUAUGGUGUAUAUUGGAGGACAAGGAGGGGGGAUGGUUACUGUAUGGUGUAUAUUGGAGGACAAGGAGGGGGGAUGGUUACUGUAUGGUGUAUAUUGGAGGACAAGGAGGGGGGAUGGUUACUGUAUGGUGUA